CCCACUAGCGGGGAACGUUGAAAGUCCAGACAUUUCAGUACUCGAAUGUCUACCAGCAUUCACUCCUUGCCCUAAUUGUGCAGUAUUUAGAUUCUUGCCUGACCUUCAAUCAUGACGACUCCACGUGUUUUCAUUAUUCGCCAUGGUGAGACUGAAUGGUCGCUCAAUGGCCGGCAUACAGGUACAACGGAAUUACCUUUAACCUCGAAUGGAGAGGCUAGGAUACGCGCAACAGGACAAGCAUUGAUCGGAGAGGACAGACUGAUUGCUCCUCACAAUCUCGCGCAUAUCUACGUAUCUCCUCGACAGCGAGCACAACGGACUCUCGAGCUUCUUUCCAUCGGCUCUUCUUGCGAGAUUCCAUGGAAGGCGAAUUACGACCACACAUCCUCCACGAAACCUCGAACCGACGCUAACAUCGAGGUGACCGAGGACAUUCGCGAAUGGGACUACGGCGACUAUGAGGGUCUGACAAGCAAAACGAUCCGGGAAGAGCGUCAGAAACGAGGUGAAGGUGGCUGGGAUAUCUGGCGAGAUGGCUGCCCAGGCGGAGAAUCGCCGCACGAUGUGACCAAACGGCUAGAUCGACUGAUUCGAGACAUCAGGAAUCGAUUCCACGAAGCCGCCGCCGGGAAACCCAAAGGAGAAGCUCCAGCGUGCGACGUGCUUCUCGUGGCGCAUGGUCAUAUUUUGCGUGCUUUUGCUGCGAGAUGGAUUGGUAGAGAGAUCCACGAUAACCCGAACUUGAUCCUGGAGGCCGGGGGUGUUGGCACUUUGAGCUACGAACAUCACAGUAUCGAUGAGCCUGCAAUUUUGCUUGGUGGGGCGUUCAUGUCCGACGUUGUGGAAAACGCAAAGGAUGAUGUGAUGAAGCGUUAAGACAUCUGCCACGGAGAUUCCACAU